AUGGGCUCGCCCAUUGGCGCUCGCCAGAAGCCAACUGACCUGCCCAUCACUUUUGACAGAGUGUCCAACUUCAAUACCGAGACGACGACCUACCGCGGGGAUGACAAGGUCGGCAAAGGGCCGAAGGGGUUCACCUACUCUAGCGACACCUUCGGGCAGCGCGACACUCUUGCCACGUCGCUCUGGAACCUCACCCCCGACGCUCAGUCUGCAUUUGGGGCCGCCGGCAACCUCCUUUGGAUCAGCGCUCCUUACCCAGCGCGCAAAGCUUGCUUGACGCCGCCCUCCGACAGGAUAACCUACCUCUACCACGAACAAGCAGCCAGUCUGGCGCUCCGCUACGAAUUGCAAUUCUCGGACAUCCAGACGCCCGGGCGCCACUCGUGCUCGUUGCGCCUGCUGUCCAAGGCGCCGCAGCCUACCGCGUGGGCCGUGCCUGUGUACACCCCGCUCGAAAACAUCCCCGAUACCUUCUCCGGCCUGAUCUUGUUCAACUUCGAGGCUGCAGUCGUCCAAGUCGGUCAGCUCGAGCAGAAAACAGAAACCCGCCGCCUGAUCUCUGUGGCGUCCGCGUCCGGCAACCGCUUCGACAUCAUGGUCUGGCGCAAGUACGCGACCACCGCGCGGACCAACCAAGUGCUGCACGUCCACAGGGCGGAGGUGUCGUGCACGGCGCGCAAGGCCAUCUUCGGCAACGCCCCAGCGCCACGGGCCCCCCGGCAGAUCAACGUCUGGUCCAGCUCCUCCAUCGAUGUCAUUGGGAACGCCGACGACGACGACGACUUGGACUGUCCAGCGUGCCCGGAGUGACCCGCUGACCGUCUCUGUCACGGUCUCUCUCUGAAGCCACAUGUCCAG